GGACAGGUGGAGAAUGGUGAAGAAGAUUCAAGAGAUUUGUUCCUGACAAAACUUAAGAAGAGCAUGAGGACAUUGGAAGACCAGAGGGAUUUACUGCAGCAGAUUGUAGAAAAGAGAAAACUGCUUUCAUCUACUACUAUUACACACCCAAAAGAAGAAGAGGGACUUUCUUCUUCUGAUCAAUUGCAGAAUAUUUGGCCAUCUGGGUUUGAAGAGACAUUGCUUGAACAAGAACAAGAUGAAGAAGACAUGAAGCUCCUCCCUCCAUUAGCAGGAGAAAACGUUAUGAAUAUUAUACUGGUGGCUGCCGAAUGUGCUCCAUGGUGGAAAACAGGUGGUCUAGGAGACGUCGCAGGAGCCUUACCUAAAGCGUUGGCUCGACGUGGACACAGGGUUAUGGUUGUGGUGCCUUUGUAUGGGAAAUUUGCUGAUGCUGAAUAUUCAGGUGUAAGAAGACGGUACAAAGUAGAUGGACAGGUAACAAAACCAUAGUUGUGUUUGUUGUGUAAAGUGUAAACCAUAGUUGUUAUCUGCCCAUUGCUUUGACAGGACAUGGAGGUGAACUACUUCAACACCUACAUAGACGGCGUCGACUUUGUUUUCAUCGAGAGCGCUAUGUUUCGGAACCUAGAGAACGAUAUAUAUGGAGGGAAACGUGAGGAUAUAUUGAAACGCAUGGUGUUAUUCUGCAAAGCUGCUGUUGAGGUUCCUUGGUUCGUUCCGUGCGGAGGGACGUGCUAUGGAGAUGGGAAUUUGGUGUUCAUCGCCAAUGACUGGCACACUUCUUUGUUGCCAGUUUACCUCAAAGCCUAUUAUCGCGAUCAUGGUAAAAUGCAAUACGCAAGGUCUGUCCUGGUCAUUCAUAACAUUGCUCAUCAGGGUCGUGGUCCGCUGGACGAAUUUCCAAAAUUGGAUCUUCCACAUCAUUAUGUGGACCUGUUUAAGACGCACGACCCGAUUGGUGGAGAACACAUGAAUAUCUUUGCAGCCGGUUUGAAGAUGGCUGACCGUGUUGUCACGGUCAGUCACGGAUACGCUAGUGAGGUCAAGACACUGGAGGGUGGUUGGGGUCUUCACGGGAUUAUUAACAAUAACGAAUGGAAGCUAAACCCAAUCAUGAACGGAAUCGACCCAGAUGACUGGAACCCAGAAUUGGAUUUAAACCUGAGGAGCGACGGGUACGUUAACUACUCGGUGGAGACUCUACGAACAGGGAAAUCCAAGUGCAAGGCCGCCCUGCAGAAAGAGCUUGGCUUUCCGGUUAGGGAAGACGUCCCGUUAAUCGGUUUUAUAGGGAGAUUAGAUCAUCAGAAAGGAGUUGAUCUUAUAGCCGAGGCAAUCCCAUGGAUGUUGGAUCAGAACGUGCAGCUAGUCAUGCUUGGAACAGGAAGGCCCGACCUUGAAGAGAUGCUCACCCGAUUCGAGUCUCAUCACCAAGGCAAAAUCAGAGGAUGGGUCGGCUUCUCUGUCAAGACCGCUCACAGGAUAACGGCCGGAGCCGAUGUUCUGCUAAUGCCAUCCAGAUUCGAGCCGUGCGGGCUGAACCAGCUGUAUGCAAUGCAGUACGGGACGAUUCCUGUGGUUCACGCGGUAGGUGGGCUCAAGGACACUGUGGAGCCGUUUGAUCCGUUUAAUAAUAAGGGAUUCGGUUGGACAUUCAAUGGGGCGGAAGCAAACAGGUUGAUCGAGGCAUUGGGGAAUUGCUUGCUGACUUACAGAGAGUAUAAGGAGAGUUGGGAAGGAAUUCAAAUGAGGGGCAUGAUGCAAGAUCUAAGCUGGGACCGUGCUGCAGAGAAGUAUGAACAAGUACUUGUAGCUGCUAAAUAUCAAUGGUGA